UAUUUUUCUGUAUGCGGCCCUCGGUGAAAAAGGUUUGGACCCCCCUGUUCUAGACCAAUGACUGGUUACUUCCUGUAAUGCAGCUGAGAGCUGUGGCAGGCAGUCGUAGUGUUUGCAGAGAAGAUAUGAUGGGAUGUAAAGCAUGAGAUCAGGACUCUGAAGCUGACUCAAAGAACUAACACUUAUUUUAACGGGAUCUAAAACUGUUGGAUUGUGUUCAUCCCUACAGGAUCACAGGAGAGACGAUCAGAGCCACGAUCCAGAAGACCUGUGACAGGAAGUGAAGACACACAGAAAGUGUAUUCAUCACGGGGCGAGUUUGAGACGUGAAGAGGAGCGUGGAGGCAUUUUGGAAAAUAAAGAAGAAGGCUGCAGCUGAUGAGAGACUUCCUGUUGGCUCUCCUCAAUAUGAAAUGAACAAAAACAAUCAAUUGUACUUAAAGCUUUUCUUAAGAAGAAAGAUGUUGCACAUACACCUGCUGCUACCUACCACCACCUCCCACCCAUCCCGGCACCAAAGAGGAGACUCCAUCGACCCCAGAUACCCCAACUCACUCUUCAGGGGGGAGGUUGAAGUGUAGUAGCACACACUCUUUUCUCUGCAGAAGCCUCAGAUAGAGGUGCAGUCUGCAGGAUGGAGACAUGCAGGAACAUCUGGAUUUUUAACACAAAUGGAGGCAACUUCCCUGAAAGAUCUGCAGACCCCCGCUAAUCCUGGCAUGUCCCAGAUGAGAGGCCGCAGUAAUGACUGUCAUCACUUUCACUGUGGUGUUUCUGGUCCUCCUCCCCCAGCCCCUCCUCGCUCGCUGGGCCUGUGUGCGCUCCUGCCCCCCCUCCUGCUCCUGCACCCCCGAGAGGAGCUGCUCUGUUCUUUGUGACCGCUCCCGUCUGGCGGAGAUUCCUCCAGAGUUUCCCUGCGAGGCGGCAGCCAUCAACCUGGACAAGAACAGCUUGAAGUUCCUCUCAGAGCGGGCCUUCGGGACCCUGCCCGCCCUGAAGAGCCUCUCUGUGGAGCACAACAACAUCUCCUUCAUCACGCCUGGAGCCUUCAAGGGCCUCCCUAACCUGGUGGAGCUGAAGCUGGCCAACAACGACUACAUCAGUUAUCUUCACACGCGCACCUUCACGGGGAUAAAGAAGCUGGAGCGCCUGGACCUGUCCAACUGCAACCUGUUCAACAUCCCCGACCGCAUCUUCAUCGAGCAGCCGGCGCUCCUCGAGGUCUUCCUCUUCGAGAACCACUUCCGCAGGAUCCCCUCGUCCUUCAGAGGGAUGGAGAACCUGACGCACAUCUACCUGGAGAGGUGUCGCAUCGAGGCGGUGGCCUACAACUCCCUGCUGGGCCUCACAAGACUCAGGUUCCUAAACCUCCAGGAGAACCGCAUCCACGUGAUCCACGACCACUCCUUCCAGGACCUGGUGCGUCUGGAGAACUUCUACCUGAACGACAACUUGCUGGCGCGCCUCCCUCGCUCCGCCUUCAAAGGCCUCGUCUGCCUCAAGAUGCUGAACCUGGGCGGGAACAAGCUGACCAACGUGUCCCGCACCUGGUUCGGUGACCAGGUGGAGCUGGAGGUGCUCUACCUGGACAGGAACCAGCUGUUAAACAUCGAGGAAGGAGCCUUCGAGAACCUCACCAGCCUCAUCACGCUUCACCUGAACAGCAACAACCUCACGACGUUCCCCUUUCCUGUUUUCCAGCCCGUUUACUUCCUCGCUCGCCUCUUUCUUUUCAGGAACCCAUGGGUGUGCGACUGUUCCUUAGAGUGGCUAAAAGAAUGGAUGGAAAGUUAUAAACUAGUUCGAGACGUCCCGUGUGCGUCACCUUCCUCCGUGGCUGGAUUAGAUCUUUCCGAGGUGGUUUUUGCGAGAGUUAACGACACCUGUGUGGACCCCGGAGAGCUGAAUGUAACCACGGUUUCGUCACAAAUCGUCGCCACGACUGAGAACCGCUUCAACAACCUCGUCUCCAAACUCCUGCAGCAGGAGCUCAGGGAGGAGAUGGGGAACGGGACGGAAAGUCUGAGAAACGGGACUCUGAUGUCUGAGGAGGGGAAACUCUCAUCGGGGGUCAAAGGGCGAAGAGGGAACGGAAACCAAACAUUUCUCUGCUUUAUAGUCGUAGUGUGGAUCGUGUUUGAUUUGAUCGGACAAUUAGAUAGUUAUUACUGUCUCUCGUGCACAUGAGGAAAUGGUUUCUUUGCUUUGUGAGCGACAGAAGGAACAAGGAGUAGCUUUUCAAAUUGACGAUGAGAUAAAACAUGUUUCAUUUCAUCCAAGAGCGGACGUGGGGUUGCUGUUGAGAGUUUGCCGUGCUAAACGUCUGGAUUCCUGGAUAUUAUUCUAGGGAAAUGCAAGCGUGGCAAACUGGAUAUUUUUAGUUUUUCACGCGUGGAUCGUGUUUGAUUUGAUCGGACAUUUGGAUAGUUAUUACUGUCUCUCGUGCACAUGAGAACUUUGGAAAUGCAGUUUGCUUUCUGACCGACAGAAGGAACGAGGAGUAGCUUUUCAAAUGGCAGAUGAGAUAAAACAUGUUUCAUUUCAUCCAGGAACAGAGCAACAAGCUGUCAUUGACGUGGGGUUGCUGGUGUGAGUUUGCCCUGCUAAACGUCUGGAUUUCUGGAUAUUAUUCUUGUGAAAUGCAAGCGCGGCGCGAGGACUUUGGAAAUGGUUUCUUUGCUUUCUGACAGACAGAAGGACUAGCUUUUCAAAUUGCUGAUGAGCUAAAAUUAUGUUUCAUUUCAUCCAAGAACGCAGCAACAAGCUGUCAUUGCUGGUGUGAGUUUGCCCUGCUAAACGUAUGGAUUUCUGGAUAUUAUUCUUGCGAAAUGCAAGCGCAGCAAACUGGAUAUUAUCAGCUAUCUUCAAAGGAAAGACUGAUGUUUACAUGUGUACAUCUACUCUUGUUUUUACUUGUUUGCCCUGCAAGACGGUGGAUUUGUUCUAAAGAAAGUUGUGAUUAAAGACCAUUCAUCCAUGAAAGCACGGAGGAACACUCGUCCUUAAACGUGGCGCUGUGAGUUUGCGCUGCGAACUUUAGGAUUUUCGGGAUAUUUCUAAAGGCAUUCACACUCCAAUGAGCUCCUCUUCUCUAAACUUGUGAGUUUGGGCUGCAAAACGUAGGAUGUUUUUUAAAAUUGCAGAUGGGAUUUAAGAUCAUUUAUCCAAGAAAGACUGAGAAAUACUCUUCCUUAAACGUGGCAGUACUGGUGUGAGUUUGCGCUGUCAAACGCUGGAUUUUCGGGAUAUUUUCUUUUGAAAUGAAAGCGCGGUAAACUGAAUAUCUUCCGCUUUCUUUAGUGGAAAAGACUGAUGUUUAAACAGUGGCAUUUAUGUCAAACAAGCUUCUGUUUUAUGUGGUGUGAGUUUGCCGUGCAGAAAAUAGGAUUGUUUUCUGUUGAAAUGCAAGCAUGGCAAAUUAAAACAAUUAUGACUAUU